AUGAGGGCUCUGCAGAUGGAGCUGGGGCUGCUGGGCAAACUGUGUGACCCCUCUGAUGGAAGUGACUGUCCCGUUUGGAGUGUGAUUGUGAGCAGAGCUGAGUUGCCCUGGAGUCAUUCCCGGCUCUUUCCCAGGUAUCUCGCCCGGGUGACGGACACGGAGGCCACGGACACGGCCAACCCCAACCUCAACUAUGGCAUUGUGGUGGACUGUGGCAGCAGUGGCUCCAGGAUCUUUGUGUACUGCUGGCCCAGGCACAAUGGGAACCCCCACGACCUGCUGGACAUCAAACAGAUGAGGGACAAGAACAGGAAACCUGUGGUCAUGAAAAUCAAGCCAGGGAUCUCAGAGUUUGCCAGCUCUCCUGAGAAAGUCAGUGAUUACAUCUCGCCCCUCCUGAGCUUCGCUGCCGAGCACGUGCCCCGUGCCAAGCACAAGGAGACCCCUCUGUACAUCCUGUGCACUGCAGGCAUGAGGAUCCUGCCCGAGAGCCAGCAAAAGGCAAUACUUGAAGACCUGCUCACUGAUAUCCCCGUGCAGUUUGAUUUCCUGUUCUCUGACUCGCAUGCAGAGGUGAUUUCAGGCAAGCAGGAAGUUUCCCUGUUCCCUGCAGAGGAGGAGGCCAUGGUGGAGGUUCACAUCCCGGGCAGCGAGCACCAGGAGUCCAUAUUCCGUAAGAGGACUGUGGGUAUCCUGGACAUGGGCGGAGUGUCCACCCAGAUCGCGUACGAAGUCCCUAAAACUGAGGAAGUGGCCAAGAACCUCCUGGCAGAAUUCAACCUGGGCUGUGAUGCCCAUCAGACAGAGCACGUGUACAGGGUCUACGUGGCCACAUUCCUUGGAUUUGGAGGGAAUGCAGCCCGGCAGAGAUAUGAGGACAGUCUGUUUGCCAGCACUGUGCUUAAAAACAGACUGCUGGGCAGACAGACUGGCCUGAGCUCUGAUUCCCCAGUGCUGGAUCCCUGCCUGCCCCUGGAUGCUCAGGAUGAGAUCCAGCAGAACGGGCAGAGCCUGCACCUGCGGGGAACGGGAGAUUUCCACCUGUGCCGGGAGCUGCUCCAGCCCUUCAUGAACAAGACCAACGAGACCCAGACCUCCCUGAACGGGGUGUACCAGCCUGCUGUGCACUUCCACAACAGCGAAUUCUAUGGAUUCUCCGAGUUCUACUACUGCACAGAGGAUGUGCUGAGGAUGGGAGGAGAUUACAACGCUGCUAAGUUCACUAAAGCUGCCAAGGAUUAUUGUGCCACUAAGUGGUCUGUCCUCCGGGAGCGCUUCGACCGUGGUCUCUACGCCUCUCACGCCGACCUGCACAGGCUGAAGUACCAGUGCUUUAAGUCAGCCUGGAUGUACGAGGUGUUCCACAGUGGCUUCUCCUUCCCUGUGGGUUACAGCAACCUGAAAACAGCCCUGCAGGUUUAUGACAAGGAGGUGCAGUGGACCCUGGGGGCCAUCCUGUACCGAACACGCUUCCUCCCUCUAAGAGACAUCCAGCAAGAAAACUUCCGUGGAAGUCACUCCCACUGGAGGAGCUUCUCCUUCGUGUACAAUCACUAUCUGUUCUUUGCCUGUUUCCUGGUGGUCCUGCUCUCCAUCCUGCUCUACCUGCUCCGGCUCCGGCGCAUCCACAGGCGGAUGCUCCGCAACGGCUCCUCUCCCUCCCUCUGGAUCGAGGAAGGCCUCCCACCACAGAAGAUGGCAGGGCCCUUGUGAGAUGCUGGGAUGGAGAGAUUUUUUUUGUUUUUUUUUUUCUUGGACUUGUUACACAAAAAAAGCCAUUUUUGCCUCAGGGUUCCUCCCUUUUCUGUCCCUCGAAAGCGUUGGAGAAGCCGAAGGCCCGGCGAGGUUUGGGAAACGUGGCUUGGUCUCACCAGACAGUUCCUGCCAAAAAUGACUUUCUUUUGACUAUUGCACUUUCGUGUGUCGUGGGACGAGCUCGAGCUUGAGAGCAGAGUGAAUGUGAGUCCUCCCCCUCUGGGAGAGGCUGAGAAAUCCUGGGAUGAGCGAGGACCUCCUGGGUUUCCUUUUCCAGAUUCCAGGAUUGGCAUCGCUCGACUUCUCAAUCCUGAGCCUCAGUCAAAGGAAAGGAAGUGCAGGGGUUUCAGAAGCAGAAAGAAAACCCCCUUUUAGGACAGUUUUCUCUGAUUUUUUUCCCUUCUGGAUUCAGUCCUGUGAUGGAGAAGAAAAACCUCUUGCACCCAAAGCUGUGCUUCCAAAAAAAAAAACCUGCUUCAAUCAGUUUUGUUCCAUUGUGACACUUCCCCCCUUUCUCUUGGAAGCUUUAUCCUCAUGGUGGCACGAGCCACUGCUUUUUAAUCCUUUAUUUCUCUCCCAUAAUCAUGCAGAGAUCUCCCAGAGACUCCAGGAAGGGGAAGAGAACUGGAAAAAACCUUUUGUUUUCAUGCACAGUGUCUUUCUUUUUCUGAGUCCUCUGAUCUGUUAAUUUAUAUUUUAUUUAAAAACCGUUAAUUUUACUUGAAAGUAAAUUCGUCCCUGAUUAAAAGUGGGAUUUCUAUGAGCC